AUGGCCUCUCUGGGUGCGAAGCUGCGCUUCCUGAUCACUGCGGGAGUCGGGUUCUUCGCUGAUGGCUAUCUCAACUUGACAAUUGGACUUGUGGUUCCAAUUCUGGGAUACCUAUACUUCCAAGAUGGCAAGGUCUCGGCAGUCGACAGUGAUACGAUCAAAGGCGGCCUCAGUCUGGGCAUGGUGGCUGGCCAGCUCAUCUUUGGCGUAUUAAGUGAUGUCUGGGGCCGCCAUACUAUUUACGGCAACGAGUUGCUUCUGACGAUUUUCGGGACGCUGAUGGUCAUCUUGCUGCCAUGGAAGAACAUGAGUCCCCGGUCAGUAACUGCCUGGGUGACGGUCUUCCGCGUAGUAACUGGUGUUGGAAUUGGAGCAGACUAUCCCUUGUCCUCUUCGUUGUCAGCAGAAAAGUCGCCCUUUGGGUCUCGGGCCACGCAGGUCUUGACCGUCUUCUCGAACAUUGGCCUCGGAAAUACUGCUGCUAGUAUUGUCUUCUUGAUCUUGCUCAAGGCUUUCAAAGGCCCCAUCGCAGAAAAUCAAAAUCACCUUGAAUGGGUGUGGCGACUUCUCCUGGGAAUCGGCAUUAUUCCUGCUGCGUUCACCCUCUACGCCCGGCUGACCAUUACGGAGACUUUACCAUACAAGCAAUAUGUCUGCGAUGAGACCACUGGACAGAAACGCGGCUUCAAAGAACAGUGGAAAGACUUUCGCGAAUACUUCAGCGUACUGAAGCAUGCCAAGGUCCUCUUUGCAACGGCCACUGCUUGGUUCCUCUUCGAUAUCGCUUAUUAUGGAAUCAACCUCAACCAAAGCAUCGUCUUAGCCAGAAUUGGCUAUGCCAAAGGGGCCACUCCUUGGCAGACUCUAUACAACACUGCUGUUGGCAAUAUCAUCAUCCAGGCUGCUGCAAGUCUUUCUGGUUAUCUCCCCGGUUUCUACGUCGGCAUUUUCCUUCCCGACCGCAUCGGACGUGUCCGCCAACAGUUUUGGUCCUGCAUUGGAGUCAGCAUACUUUACGCUAUCUGGGCCGGAAUCAGUACUUCCAGUGCCCACACUCCUACAGCUGGUCUCAUGGUCAUCUUUGCACUUUCUCAAUUUGUGUUGACCGUUGGUCCCAACUGCACCACAUUCCUCAUUCCUGCCGAGGUCUUCCCGACCCGAGUCCGAGGCACCGCCCACGGUAUCUCCGCCGCGGCGGGUAAAUGUGGAGCCAUUCUCACUUCCUUUGCCUUCGGCACGGUCACGGAUGCGAUCAGUCUUGAAGGCGUCUUGGGUCUUUUUUCUGGGCUCAUGCUUCUUACGGCCUUGGUCACGCUGAUGAUCCCUGAAAGUAACAAUCACACCCUCGAGGGCAUCGAGAGAGGCGCACUGUAUGGAGAGGAUAGUGGCACAAACGGUACCGAUUCCCCCAAUAGCAGUGUCACCCAG